CCCCUUUACUCCACUCUCACUCUCAUUACACUACCUACUACUCCACAUAACAAUGAAUUUUCCGGCAACUUUCUAUCUCGCCGGAAUUUUCCUAUUCUUCUUAGCUUCCCCUAUUAACGGGUUUCGUCCAUGGCCCAACCAAAAGCCCAACACCACCAAUUUAUUGUACGGCCCAUCCAAAAAAUAUGAAGGCUCAUCGGAUUUAAUCCAGUUAAAAUACCAUAUGGGCCCUGUUUUAACUGCAAAUGUCACCGUUUAUCCCAUUUGGUAUGGUAAAUGGGAUAAAGCACAGAAAAGAAUUAUCCGUGAGUUUAUUAACUCAAUCUCAGCCGUUGAUUCCAAACCGCCGUCAGUUAACGGUUGGUGGAAAACGGUCCAGCGUUAUACCGACCAAACCGGAGCUAACAUCUCUAGUAAUGUACUCAUUGGAGCUGAAAAAAAUGACCGGUUUUAUUCCCAUGGUAAAUCGUUAACCCGAUUAUCCAUACAGUCCGUGAUAAAAGCUGCCGUCUCAGCAAGUACUCGACCUUUGCCCAUAAACUCCAAAAGUGGUGUGUACUUGUUACUAACAUCUGAUGAUGUUUAUGUUCAAGAUUUUUGCCAAAACGUUUGUGGUUUUCACUACUUCACAUUCCCUUCUAUUGUUGGUUACACAUUACCAUAUGCAUGGGUUGGUAACUCUGGAAAACUAUGCCCCAGUGUUUGUGCAUACCCGUUUUCUGUACCCGAAUACAUGUCGGGUUCGGGUUUCAAAGCUGCUAAAUCGCCUAAUAACGACGUGGGAGUUGAUGGUAUGAUAAGUGUGAUAGCUCACGAGAUUGCAGAGUUGUCUACUAACCCUUUGGUUAAUGCAUGGUAUGCCGGUCAGGACCCGAGUUUCCCGGUUGAGAUAGCGGAUCUUUGUGAAGGGAUAUACGGGUCGGGUGGGGGCGGGUCGUAUACGGGUCAAAUGUUGAAUGGUGAACAUGGUGCAACGUACAAUAUGAAUGGGAUAAGGAGGAAGUUUUUGGUUCAGUGGGUAUGGAACCAUGUUGUUAAUUAUUGUACGGGACCUAAUGCACUUGAUCAGUAAAUGUUUCAUUUGCUGGUUA